GGGGCCUGUGCUCUGCGGAGGCCGAGGGGCGGGGCCUGCGGCUGCGCAGCCACUCACAACCUCCCCUGAUGACACGUCUGACCGAACGAGUGCUUCCGGGGCGGAGGUUACCAUGGCGGCGGCCGCCGUGGCUCGGCUAGGACUGCGGGCCGUCAAGGAGGUUCGGGUUCAGUUCUGCCCCUUCGAGAACAACGUGGAGUCUACGAGGACCUUCCUCCAGGCGGUGAGCCGCGACAAGGUCCGCGCCACCAACUUGAAAUGCUCGGUGACUGUGGACGUGCGGCACGACGGCUCCGAACCCCGCGUGGAUGUGCUCUUCGGAGACGGGCAUCGCCUGGUCAUGCGCGGCGCCCACCUCACCGCCCAGGAGAUGCUCAUGGCCUUCGCCUCCCACAUCCGGGCCCGGAGCGCAGCGGGGAGCGGGGACACCCCCGGCGCCGAUGGGGGCCGCUGACAGCGCGUAAGACACCAACAAGCAGAUGUUAGCCUGGGACUUAGAACACUUAUCCACGAAAAGCUUGACUUAAUCAUUCAACUCACCAUCUGGAGGGCCACAGACACCACCCCCACCCCUGAAAAGAGCCCUAUGACUACAAAUCCAACCAGUGCUUCUGGGAUGAGAGGAUUCGGGAGGGGUCUAGACAAACUUGAAUUUACUUUGUUUUCUAACCAUCACUCACUGCUUAACCGUUUUGAAUUUGGUACCACUCACUCAAGUAUGAUACCUCUUACUCUUAUUAGCUAAAUCCAGUGCUGUUUUCUUAGUCCUGAUCCCUCCAUCUAAGUAGCAUUUGCCACUUUUAAUUCAUUCAUUCCCUAUGGAACUUCUCUUCCUUUUUUUCUU